AUGGCAUCCCCUGCUCCCCAGCAUUUUCCUAACCGUCCUCAAUUCUCGGACUUCAUGAAGCCAUGCCGAUUUGAGGGCGAGGUUCAAAACUUGGAGGUGCAUGGGGAUCUUCCCAAUGACAUCGACGGUACUUUCUACCGUGUCAUGCCUGAUCCUCAAUUGCCUCCUUUCAUCGACAAUGAUCCAUGGUUCAAUGGAGAUGGAAAUGUCAGCGCAUUCCGCAUCAACAACGGUUCUGUGGCCUUCCAACAAAAAUAUGUUCGCACCGAGAAGUUUGUACGCGAGAGGGAAGUCAGCCGCGCGCUCAUUGGAAAAUAUCGAAACAAGUUCACCGAUGCGGUGGAAUUCACCGUUAGAAGUACUGCCAAUACCAAUGUUGUCAGCUUCAACGGCCAGAUCUUGGCUCUCAAGGAGGAUUCCCCCCAUAUGCGAUGGAUCCGGAGACUCUGGAAACAAGGGGCUUUGACUGGAGAAUUGAUCUGUUUCGGUUACGAAGCCAAGGGAGACGGCAGCCCCGAUAUUUGCUAUUACACGAUUAGCCCUGACGGUAAGUUCACUCAGACAGUUUGGCUAGUGAGUCCUGUCUGUGGAAUGAUCCAUGACUUCGCAGUGACGGAGAACUGGGUUCUUUUUCCUGUGAUUGCCCAGCUAUGUGAUCUUGAACGAUUGAAGCAGGGCGGAGAACACUGGCAAUGGAGCCCUGAAACUCCCUUCUAUAUCGGAGUGAUCCCCCGCUACGGAGCUAAGUCUUCGGAUGUUAAGUGGUUUACAUACAAGAAUUCUUUCCCCGGCCAUACCGCCAAUGCCUAUGAGCAAGAUGACGGGAAGAUUGUCUUCGAUCUCGGACUCAGUGACAAGAAUGUCUUCUACUGGUGGCCCGAUGCACAGGGCAACUCGCCUGAGCCCAGCAAGAUCCACUCUCAAUUAACACGUUUUAUUGUGGAUCCUAACACAGAAGAAGGAGUCCUUCUCGAGCCGAAGGUUUUGCACGAUGGGAAUUCGGAAUUUUAUCGCAUUGAUGAUCGGUUUUCCGGAAGAAAAUAUAGCCACAGCUACUUUGAUCUCAUGGACCCCCGCCUGGGAACGGACUUUGCAGCCAUUGGCCCGGUCAUGGGCGGUGGAUAUCCUCCUUAUAACUCGCUGGCACAUCACGACGAAAGCACGGGCAAAACGGAGGUUUACUUCCCGGGACGCACACAUCUUGUGCAGGAACCCGUUUUCAUUCCUCGUGCGGGCUCUACGGAGGAAGGCGAUGGAUACUUGCUGGCAUUGGUGAACAAUUAUCGCACUCUGUCCAGUGAGCUGCAUCUUCUCGAUUGUCGGGAUUUCACCAAGGCCCAGGCGACUAUCUUGCUUCCUUUGAGACUCAGGGCUGGUCUGCACGGGAACUGGGUUGGGAACAACUAG